AUGCUGUACAAGUCAACUAUUGUCGCUGUUGUUGUUAUGGCCGGUCUUGUUAUGGCUGGACCUGGAGGAAACCGUGGUGGACCAGGAAUAAACCGUUUUGGACCAGGAGGACACCAUGGUGGACCAAGAGAACAUCUCCCACCCUUCGCCCAAAACGCUACCACAGAAGCAAAACAGGCGCUCAUAGUUAUUCUCAGAAACGACAACAUCACCAUUGCUGAACAGAAAUCCGAAAUCCAAACCUGGGCUCAAACUUACGGUUUGACUCAAGAAGUCAACGAUUUCGAGCAAAAGAUGAAUGCAAAGAUCGAGGAAAUCCAAAGAAACGCUACCGAAGUUGUUGAGACCCUCCCAACCAAGCUCCAAGAAAUCACCGCAAUCCUUAGCAAUGAAAACCAGACCCGCAGGCAACAAGGAGAAGCUUUGAAGACCUUCAGAGACGAAAACCCACAGGCUGCUCGUGCUUUGGAAGCUUUGGUCAGACCCCAACGCCCACCAAGAGGAGGACGACCAGAAGGAGGAAGAGGACGACCUGAAGGAGGAAAAGGACGACCAUUCGAGCCAAUGACAUUCGAAUCUGAGGAUGAGCAAUAA